AAUCUGAAAAUAAUCAGUCAAUGACGGCACUUGCUUCAGGUCAAUCCAACCAUAAUAAGAGCAGUAAAAUCAACACAGAAAAUUCGUAUUUCUACCAUGCAGUUCGAGAGGAAUAUUAUUCAUCGGCCCAAAAGAACCACUUUGUACGAUGAUGCACCAUCGCUGGGACAUAUCCUCAUCCACUCAUUGAAGACCGCUGGCAACAAACCAAUGAUAGUAUGCGGUGUGACGGGACAAACGUUAUCGGGCAUCGAAUUGUUAAGCAAAAGCAUCACGAUUGCGAAAGCAUUGCUAGCGGCCGGAAUCAAGCAAGGAGAUGUGAUAUCGGUGGUGUCGGAGAGUCGUUUUGACUAUGUGUACGUUUUGUUCGGAACGAUUUUCAUCAACUGUGUUUUGGCGCCGCUCAAUCACGCCUACAGUGCCAGUGAACUGCGACACGCUCUCAGCUUUUCGAAACCAAGAGUUAUCUUCACUGGAGGCUCGGUUGCCGAUGGCAUAAUAGAAAUUGGUAAAACGUUAAAUUAUGUGGAAAAAGUCAUUUGUUUUGAUGACCGUGCUAACAGUCCGCCGUGCAACUUGGUGGUCAAUUUGAGUGACUUUACGGACAGUCAAACUAUACGUAAUGUUAAAUUUGAACCAUUGGCCGUCGAUGUGAUCAAGACUGCCUGUCUGAUCAUGUGCAGCAGUGGUACAACAGGUUUUCCGAAAGGUGUUCAGCUCUCCCAGUCUGGCAUCAUUGCAACAGCUUCCAAUAUGAACGAAUUUGUGUUCAAAGACUUGAAUGUUGGCGAUAAAGAAACCGUCAUCCUCGGUCUACUUCCAAUGUUCCAUGUAUUCGGAUCACUGGUAUUGAUCUGCACAAUUGCAAACCGAUCCGGAAAGCUGAUCAUGCUGCCAAAAUUCGAGGAGACAACUUUUUUACGAAGUUUCGAAAAGUAUCGGUGUACGGUCGCGUUCUUAGUCCCUCCACUAAUGGUUUUCCUGGCAAAGCAUCCACUAGUCGACCGAUACGAUCUCAGUAGCUUGGAAGCGAUAAUAUGUGGAGCUGCACCGAUUUCCAAGGAGCUUGAACAAUCCGUCAAGGACAGACUGAGAACGGAUUUUAGAAUCAAACAAAUGUAUGGAAUGACAGAGCUAACAUCUGUCGUCUUGCUGCAGAAAGAUAUUAAGAAGCCGGGAAGCGUUGGAGAUGCGAACGAAAAUGUGUAUGCCAAAGUCGUUGAUGUGAAUGGCACUGCCCUUGGUCCAAAUCAGAUCGGCGAACUUUGCUUCAAAGGUACUUUGGUGAUGAUGGGUUACAUUAGCGAUACACAAGCCACGAGCGCAAUAAUAGAUGAAGAUGGAUGGCUGCACACCGGUGACGUAGGAUAUUAUGAUGAAGAUUUGCAAUUCUUUAUCAUUGAUAGAAUCAAGGAGCUCAUCAAGUGGAAAGGCUUUCAAGUACCACCGGCAGAACUUGAAGCUGUCCUGCUAUCACAUCCAAAAAUUAAAGACUGUGGAGUGGUUGGAAAGCCAGACGAAUAUGCUGGAGAAUUGCCGUUGGCAUUCGUCGUUAAAGGAGAUCCACAAUUAACGGAAGCCGACAUAGUCAAAUACGUUUAUGGCAAAAUGUCACCGGCAAAGAGGCUGCAUGGCGGUGUUAUUUUCAUUGAUGAAAUCCCAAAAAAUCCUUCCGGCAAAAUACUUCGACGAGAGCUGCGAAAAUUGCUUGCCGAACAGGAGUUUAAAUCUAAGCUGUGAUUAUGACAUCACAGAGAGAAAGAAGGAGAGACAAUUGGCGCCUCCCUUACGACCUGAAAUAGUUCGUGAGUUUCUUGUUUUUUUACUUUAACAUUUAAAGCUUCCGUACAAAAUAAAUAAUUUUGCUCGAACUAUGA